GUGCAGGAAUUACUUGCGCAACUUCCAUAGCUUAUUUUUGCAAACAAUUGUACAAAUAAGCUGUAUCACGAAAUUGUGUUUGCGUCGCAUUAAAAUUUGGGAAACACUGCAUUUUAUCGAUGUAUCGCAAAUAGUCGACAUGCACAACCGAUCUGGCAGCGCUGUAUUUGCAUUUUAAUACUAAAACGACGGACAGGCAAGCAAAUUAUUUGCAAAUUGUUGAGAAUUGAUAAAUGUAUUGACUGCAACUGUGAUCAAUCAAUUAAAUUAAGAAAAGUAAAACAAAGAACUGUGUUUACGGAAGUUUUUGUGCAUACGCCGCUAACAGAAUUCGAGCGUCUGACCACGACAGUCCUUACUGUAGUUUUGGUAUUUAUUUUGUAGUGGCUGUGUCUGUUUUGGCUGCAACAAUAGCUGAAUUUAAUAAUAUUAUUUAUAAAUUACAACGAUAGCACGGAAAUGAGCUUACUAUUUUCACUUGCCAGUAAUUAGCAGUUAGCAAAUAAAUGAAGUGGGUGUAAAGCAGUUUGGAAAAAAUUGAGAAAAUUGAGAAAAUACCAAUACAGGACGAUUAAGGAUCUUCGCAGUUGCGGAUGCGCCAAAUACAUAAAUGAUUAGGCCACCAGCACAGACAGCAACUGCAAACUGCUAAUAAAAAGCUUAAACAUUUGACAAGCAGCAAUGAGUUUGCUUUAUGAGGAAUCUCCGCAUUCGGAGAGCAAAAUGGACAUCUCAGAGACACCCACAGACUCGACGGGCGUUUCGCCAGUGGCCGACGAACACGCCACAACGCCAAACAAAUCCUAUGUUGUUCAUAACGAGCAAAUACAGGAUAUAAUUGAGGAGGUGGAGGCGGGUGAGCAGGGAAAUGAAAGUAAGGCAGCGGCAACAACGAGCGCAGCACUGGACAAUCGAUUAAUACGACCAGAGCUGCUCCAACUUGAAACCAUGCCACAACGACAAAUAAUUGAGCGCACCCUGGCUAACAGCCAUCCACUGAUGUCGCCAACGAACACCGACUCCGAUUCGGAGCCGUUUCAAAGCAAAUGCAAAAAUUUUCCGGAUGUAGUGCCACGCACAGAGCAUCAGCCGCUGGUGCCCUCGUUGGUGGAGACUGUGCAGGCACGCAAUAAUCUCAAUCAACAGCAGCACCAACCAAAACUACAACAACAGCAACAGCUUAUGCGCGCCAAGCCACAGGAUGCCAAAGUGAGUUUACUGCGUGCCAGCAGUCCGGAUUUGUUAAGCAGUGAGUCCGACGCCGAUGUCUCACAGUAUUUAGCGGCUGUGGAGUCAAAUUUUCAAUCGGUCUCGCUGCUGCCCAAUGCCACCACCAAUAAGACGAUGCGCAAAACAAAACGUUUUGUGCCAGGCUCUGGAGUGCCCGGCUGUGAGGACAUCUCUAGCUUGGACUCCAUAUCGAAUCACAGCUUUGACGAUGACGAAGACAUCGAGCACAAUCUGGCCUCGCUUAGCCCAUCGAGUUCGCUCAUUGAUGGCUUAGAUGGUGAAGACGACGAUGACGAUUGUGAAGGUCCCGAAUUAUUGCCCGACAACGACGAUGAUUUGGACGACUUCGGCUUGACCACAACUCCCACGCCGCUGGGAUCGUGCAAUGUCGCAGCGACGACAGCCCUGCCCCAAUACACGGCCGACGAGGAGAGACGUGACUCACGCAAUUGGCAAAAGAUAACGUUGCCCGAUGGACGCACCCGGGAGAUUGACAUGCGUGUGAUUGAGCCGUAUAAGCGUGUGCUCUCGCAUGGCGGCUAUUUGAAGGCUGGUGGUCAGAAUGCUAUUGUCAUAUUCUGCGCCUGCCACCUCCCGGACAGAUCGCGUGCUGACUACAGCUACGUCAUGGACAACCUGUUUCUGUAUGUGGUGAAGACGUUGGAACAGCUCGUAACCGAUGAUUAUGUCUUAAUAUAUCUGCAUGGUGGUUCCAACAGGCGCAAUGUGCCGCCCUUUCCAUGGCUGAAGCGAUGCUAUCAAUUGCUCGACCGUCGACUGCGCAAGAGUCUGAAGCACAUGUAUUUGGUGCAUCCAACAUUCUGGAUCAAAUCUUUGGUGUGGAUGGCGCGUCCAUUUGUCAGCACAAAAUUCUGGCGCAAGUUGAUUUACGUGAAAUCGCUGGAGGAGCUGGGCUCGCAUGUUGUGGUCGAAAAGGCUGCUAUACCCGAGAAGGUUAAACAGUACGAUGCCAAACGGCAUUGAGGGAAAUGCUUCAAACGUGCAUGGAUUUGAAAAUCACCGAAUUUCCUUGCCUCAAAAACAUUCAAACACUCGCAUUCUAUUCUAACAUUCCUUCGCACUAACUAUUUGUUUGACAAAUGCUUUACCCUAUCCCCCCUUUAUUUGAAUGUAAUCGCGUAUUUAUUUCAUUUCUCGCUCUAUUUCCAAAUGAAUUUAAUUUAGGAUCUCGACUUUUGUGAUAUGUAUUUUAUAUUUCUGAAUGUCUAUCCUCCCCACAUUAUAUAUUUUGAUUCGAAUUUUUCGCUCAACUCCAAGCCGAAGCAAUAUACAAGUUUCAUGUUUCAUGUGCGCACAAACUUUAUCAUGAAGAUAUAGUGCAGCGUGUUCAGCAAACAUCGAACAGGUUUUUGUAGUAUUUACUGACAGCAGUAAGAAUUGUAGUGUUAGUAGUGAUGAUGAUUAUGAUAGUAUCUACACAUUUUAUAGUGGCUUUUUAUAAUAAAUGGCAGUUAUCACAUGCAUACAUAGCUUCCGCAACAGCUGCAACAAAAGCGCACUCCAUUAUUAAGAAACAAGCAAACCAACAACAACAUUAAAUCGUAACAUAUAUCUACAUAUACAUAUUGGCUUUUGUAGCCUGGUCUUAAUUAAAUGGGACAAAAUACGCAACAAGAAACCACCAAACUUCCGUACAUGUUACCUUCUUUGGCACUCUUAAAAACACGACGCAACGUCUCCGUCGACAGAGAGUCUUUGUUUUAUGUGACCUACGAAUGUUUUUUGUAGUAUCAAUAUGUUUUACUGAAAAAAACAGAAAAGAAACGAGCAUUAACUAAAGUUAAGUAAUUGAAAAUGUUUAGCUGAAUUUUUGUGUAACGCUUUUGUACAAAAUAUUGUAUAUUUAAAUUGUUCUCAACCAAAAGCACCAAUACCAACAACAACAACAACAAAAACAACUACAGCAAAAAAUAACGUAUUACGUAGAUUACGAAAACUAACUAAUUAACUGACUCUGACCCCAUGCCAGUCAUUUUGUAGUUAUGUACAAGAAAGUGUGAAGAAAGUAAUAACUCUGCGCCGAAAAUAGCAAGUCUAUAGUCUGUAAGUUUGUGAAUUAGUGACCAUUAUAUAUACACACUCACACACAUCUGAUAUUUAUAUACACAACCGCAUACAUACUUACAUAUACAUACAUAUAUAGAUUAUGUAUUUGCUCUCUACAUUUAGUAUUGAAUGCGACACGAC